AUGUCCUUUUCAACCACUAACGGCUCCGCCAAUACCGGCGAGAUCCCCCUCAUCCUCGGCCUCCCAUGGAACACUCCCAAUUCCGACUUUACCGUCUCCAAUGUCACUCCCACCAUGCACACCUCCUCCUACCCAGCCAUCAACCCCACCCUGAACCCCCGGAUCUCCCAGGCGGGAAGGACUGUUCUCAUCACGGGCUCCACAGCAGGCAUCGGUUUUGCAAUGGCCAAGUCCUUCGUCACCGCUUCUGCUUCGAAGGUUAUCAUCACAGGUCGGAGGCAAGAAAGGAUUGACAAAGCGGUUGAUGAUCUCCGUCAGCACGCCAAAGAGAUUAACAACGAACAGACGGAAGUGGUGGGCGAGAAGUUUGACGCGACCAAGAUGGAGGAGAUUGAUGCCUUCUGGAAGAAGCUGGCAGACGAAGGAGUGGUGGUGGAUGUGCUCGUUUUGAACGCUGUGGGGGAGAUGGCAAUGGGGGGCUUGUGUGAGGAGGGCGGGAGGACGACAAUGGAAAUUUGGGAAAAGCUUGAAGCGAACCUCCGGGCGCCGAUGAGGCAUACGGAGAUUUAUAUGAAGCAGGGGAAGGACAGACAGAAGUUCCUCCUCAACAUCUCCACCGCGUCUUGCAACAUGAGCCACCCCGAGUACUCGCCCGCCCUGGCCGCCGCGGCAGAGUACGGCUUCACCAAGGCCACUGCCGGUCUUUUCUUUGGGUACAUCGCCCAGCAGUCCGACCCGGAGAAGUUCCAGGUGGUCAACUUCCACCCCGGAACGAUCUACUCGGAAUUGUGGGAGUACGGUCUCGGUGUGGAGAAGAGUGCCCUGGCGUUUGAUGAUAUCUCGUUGCCAGCUGACUUCGCCGUCUGGGCGACCACCAAGGAAGCGAGGUUCAUCCAUGGCCGCUUUGUUUGGGCUCAUUGGGAUGUUGAUGAGAUGAAGGCCGCUUAUGCGGAGCGGUUCGUGAAGGAUAAGGAUCUGUUCAGGUUUGGGGUGUGUGGCUUGGCUGGGAGCAACCUCCAUGUCAUCCCGUGA